AUGACGGAAAAGAACAUCUGCUAUCGGCAACAAAGGAAGAAAGAAGUCGUAUACGACGAUUGCAUACCCAAGGAAUCCUUGUCCCAACGUGACUGGCACGACGAGGAGGACCUAAACAAAUGCAUCGGCGAGAUUCGCACCUCUCGUCGUGAGGUUGAAAUAACUAAGGAGAAGUUCUACUCGAACCUACCUUCUACCGAACUAGAAGACCUCGCGAACCGUUCUUACUCGACGCUGGAUGGAGCCAAACUUCAAGAACAAGCUGGAUUCCGUCAGUGGUUCAGCUACGUAGACCACAUCCAGACCGUGUUAAAUGGCAUGAAGUUUGCCGGAAAUACCGCCUACCCAUUGUUCUAA